AUGCUCUCAACCUCCAUUUGCGCAAAACCUGCCACCGCAUGCCAUGCCUUUAAGGCACUGGCCACCACAACCGUCCUUGUCACAGCAGUCCACAACGGCCGCGCAUUUAGCACCACUCGCCCAACACACCUGAAAGAUAUCUUUCCGGCCAAAGACACACCGCUCAUCAAAACUACUCCAGCUGCUUGGCCGCAUCAUGGCUACACCAUGGAGGAGAUGAAGGCAGUGGUCCCCGGUCACCGUGAGCCACGCAAUACGACCGAUUGGCUUGCCUGGAAGACAGUCCGCUUCGCCCGUUACUGGAUGGACAAGGCUACGGGCAUGGACCGCGACCAGCAAGUUGACAAGAAAAAUCCGACUACUGCUGUCGACGCAGAAAAGCCCCUCACAGAGGCCCAAUGGCUCAUCCGCUUUGUUUUCCUCGAAAGCGUCGCCGGCGUGCCAGGCAUGGUUGGCGGCAUGCUUCGCCAUUUGCACAGCUUACGUCGCAUGAAGCGCGAUAAUGGCUGGAUCGAGACGUUGUUGGAAGAGUCGUACAAUGAACGCAUGCACCUUCUCACAUUUAUGAAGAUGUGUGAGCCUGGUCGGUUCAUGAAGCUCAUGAUUCUCGGUGCACAGGGCGUCUUUUUCAACGCCUUAUUUAUUCUCUACCUGAUUUCUCCUCGAAUCGUACACAGAUUUGUAGGAUAUCUAGAAGAGGAGGCUGUUCACACCUACACACGCGCCAUCAAAGAAAUUGAAGAUGGUCAUUUGCCAAAGUGGACGAGCGAGGAAUUCCAGAUUCCCGAUAUUGCUAUCCAAUACUGGAACAUGCCAGAGGGUCACCGCACAAUGAAGCAUCUCAUCUACUACAUCCGCGCGGACGAAGCUGGACAUCGCGGUGUCAAUCACACGCUUGGCAACCUGAACCAAAAGGAAGACCCCAACCCGUUCGUGAGCACCUUCAAGGAUGGCCACGUGCCCAAGCCUGCUCUAAAGGCGACUGGCUUCGAAAGGGAUGAGGUGAUUUAG